AACAAACGACAAAGCCUAAACCCCAUAUACAUUUCUCUAGUCUUCAGUCUUCGCUCUCGCUCUCGCUCUCGCUCUCCCCAAAACCCAUCCGCCGCUUCCUAUCCCAAACGUAUUCUCUACCAAUCAACCACCACCACCGUCCUUUCUCGGUGGUGCCUGCAUUCGCCAUCGAACCCUACCUUACCCUACCCCCCUUCCCGAUAAUGGCGGCCAACGCUGCUCCCUCCGACCUUUCUGACGGCCCUGUCCUUAAUGUUAUCAACAAACGUCUCCGUGCCCUCCGCAAAAAAUUAAACCGCAUCACCCAAAUGGAAGACGCCCUUUCCCAAGGCAAAACCCUCAACAAAGAACAAGAGGAUGUCCUCCGCUCUAAGCCCCAAGUCACCUCUCUUAUCGACGAACUCGAGAAGCUUCGUCUUCCUUUAGCAUCCGCUGUCUCCGAGGAACUCGCCCUUCAUACCACCAACAACAACUCAUCCUCACCUCCACUUAACCAACCCGACGCCGUAAUUAACCAACCCCUACAAGUAGAUAACGAUGUCGUUUUGUCUGAUCUGCUCAACUUGCUGUAUUUCGGGUCUUUGUUUGAUGUGAAGUCGCAGAGUGAUUUCACCGCCACUAUGUUGACCAGAACGCACGAGAGAGGCUGUUGUUUGACGUACGAUUACGUGACUGAUGACGCUACUGAUCUGCUUGGCGAGAGGGAUUUAGAUAUGAUCUCAAUGCUCAGUGGAUUGUUGGUCUCGCGACCAAUUGACUCGAGCUUGUCUCACAAGAACGCGUUGCAGCGCUGUAUUGAGCACGCCAGGCUCUGGCUUGCGAACGCUGACCAGCCUAUUGAGCCCAAUGCUAAUGUCACUUAUGCAGAAUUGAGGGAAAGGCUUAACAAGAUUAUGGGUUCAGAUUAUUUUACGACCACGCCGGAGAUGAAAGCGCCUGUGGAAAUGGCUGCAGCAGCCAAUUAUGGCUCUUUUCAGGUGCCAAUACAUGGUUCUGUUGUUCCAGUUUCAGUGCCAGUGCAGGUGGAAGGUUCAGCUGUACAGUAUGAGGAGAAGGAUGAAGACACCAUGAAUUAUCAAGAACAUGAAACUGGGGAUAAUCAAUCUAGUCCUGCUGAGGAACUUCAAAAGGAUGAAUUGGAGACAGAAAACCUUCCAGAAGGUGUCUCAGUCCAAGAAGAACAGGUCAAAGACGAGGCAGAGUUGGAGCAAAAUCAUGGAGAUGGAGAGCCUAAGGAGCAACAACAGUAUGUUCCCCGAAGACCCUAUCAGAAUCAAAGAGGUGGUCGCGGCGGUGGUGCUGGUGCUGGUGGCCGUAGGGGCUAUUCAAAUGGUCGUGGAGGUCGUGGCAGUGGCAGAGGAGGUGGAGGCUACCAGAAUGGCCGCAACCAAUAUUAUGAUCAGCCUGGUAACUAUUAUCCAAGGAACUACUAUAACAAUAGGGGAAGGGGAGGCAGGGGUGGUGGGCACCCUUACAAUAACCAUGGUGGGGCAGUUCAAGGUGGUUAUGCAGCAGCUGACCUUGGUGUGAAAUCAUGAUAUCAUCCCUGGUUAGGUGUCUAUAGGGUGUCUGAUUACUAGCUUAUGUGGUGGGUGGUAAAAAUGUUCUUUUCCUUUUUGAGACUUGCAUGAAACAUGAAACAUGGUUUUAAUGUGGGUUGAUGUCUCGUUAAAAGCCCAUCCAGGUUACCCCUUUUAUUUUUGUAGUUGAGUUAAUCGAGGAUAUUUAUCAAAUGGAAAACCAGAUAAGAGUUGGGUAAUUAUUUUUACCAUAAAAUUUCUUGAAGUAUUCACGAUU